UCCCCCGCGCUGUCAUUCACCCCGCUCCUUUCCACGCACAGCCAAUGGAGAGACCCGGCCGAAGCAGCUAGGCUCGCUCGCUCAGGGCUUUUUCGCCCGGUGAUUGAUGUCCCAGAGUCAACAGCGAGAGAGCGAGCAGCCGGAGAAGGAAAGGAGAAGCCCGAGGAGAGGGGAAGAAUACAGCUCCCCUCUCUCCCUCCCCUCCCCCCUACUUUGGCCCUUCUGCGCACUUCGCCUCCAAGUCUCGGCGCAGCCUGGAGCCGCGGUUGCCUCGGCGCCCCCGCUCGCUGGCCGGCUAGUCGAGCGCGGCGAGCGCCCGGGCCCCCGCGCGGGGCCGGGGCCAGCAUGGAGCACCUGGGGCCGCACCACCUCCACCCGGGCCACGCGGAGCCCAUCAGCUUCGGCAUCGACCAGAUCCUCAACAGCCCGGACCAGGGCGGCUGCAUGGGGCCCGCUUCGCGCCUGCAGGACGGAGAAUACGGCCUGGGCUGCUUGGUCGGAGGCGCCUACGCUUACGGCGGCGGCGGGGGCUCGGCCGCGGGCGCGGGGGCCGGGGGCGCGGGAGCCUACGGCGCCGGGGGCCCGGGCGGGCCCGGCGGCCCGGCGGGCGGCGGAGCCUGCAGCAUGGGCCCUCUGGCCGGCUCCUACAACGUGAACAUGGCCUUGGCGGGCGGCGGCGGGCCGGGCGGCGGCGGCGGCGGCGGGGGCGGCGGGGGCGCGGGGCCGCUGAGCGCCGCGGGCGUGAUCCGGGUGCCCGCGCACAGGCCGCUGGCCGGAGCGGUGGCCCACCCCCAGCCGCUGGCCACCGGCUUGCCCACCGUGCCCUCCGUGCCCGCGGUGCCGGGCGUCAACAACCUCACUGGCCUCACCUUCCCCUGGAUGGAGAGUAACCGCAGAUACACAAAGGACAGGUUCACAGUGGCCCUCUCACCCUUCACUGUAACACGCCGUAUAGGUCACCCCUAUCAGAACCGGACGCCCCCUAAGAAGAAGAAGCCGCGCACGUCCUUCACGCGCCUGCAGAUCUGCGAGCUGGAAAAGCGCUUCCACCGCCAGAAGUACCUGGCCUCGGCCGAGCGCGCCGCUCUGGCCAAGGCGCUCAAGAUGACCGACGCGCAGGUCAAAACCUGGUUCCAGAACCGGAGGACGAAGUGGAGGCGACAGACCGCGGAGGAGCGUGAGGCCGAGAGGCAGCAGGCGAACCGCAUCCUUUUGCAGCUGCAGCAGGAGGCCUUCCAGAAGAGUCUGGCGCAGCCGCUGCCUGCAGACCCACUGUGCGUGCACAACUCGUCGCUCUUUGCCCUGCAGAACCUGCAGCCGUGGUCUGACGACUCCACCAAAAUCACCAGCGUCACGUCGGUGGCUUCGGCCUGCGAGUGAGCCUGCGCCUCCACGCAGUGGGACACAAGCCCCGUCGGGAGCUCCCCGGAGAGGCAGGACUCUCCUCACCCGCUCUGGCUGCGCAGGAAGGGCCCCGGGCUUCCCUGGCAAGGCUCCCGGGCACCGCCUUUACACACUCGCGGACGCUGGUCUGUCUUCGGUGGAAGAGGGCUGGAGGCAGAGACCUCUUUCCCAGAAGCCUGUGUUAAUCCUGCCCCACGCCGGAACUGUUCAGAAUCCUCCGUUUCCCUCUAUUUCGUUGUGUUCUGAUUAUAACAUGGGACAGAGAGACCCAAGGGAGGUGGGCCUAGGCGGGCUCCUGAGAUCCCCCAGGCUGUGCUACAGCUGGAAGUGUCUCUAUCCCUCUCCUCACACACCCAGAGCCCCGCACAGAGGCGAUGCCUGGCUUCACCCCAGAGCCACACAGAGGAGCCUGCCGCAGAGCGUCACUCUCACACACAGGACCGUAGCAAUGAUCCCCGCUGUCAGGCGUAGGCCAGGGGUGAUGCAGACUCACUCAAACACAAGGCCCUGGUCACACUGUGACACACUAGCCCUCCGAUGGGGGCGGGGGGGGGCCACAACACAGCCCAGCAGCGCCCAGGUAUGCGGAGACAGGCUUUCACACAAAUCCAGCCCAUUUCUCCAGAUCCUGUUUGGGGAGGGGGGUUAAGUUAUGCACUUAUAAGGUGUUUUCCGUGUAACCAUUUUAUAAAGUGCUUGUGUAAUUUAUGUGAAAAAGAAUAAAACCCUCCGGGCGGGAGUGGGGGCCCUCUGCUCCUUGCCGAGCCCAGCAUUUUGCAGCUACUUGGGUUUGGUACAAGCUGAAGCUUCAGAAACACACCUAGUACCUGAACUUGGGAGAUUCUGGGUGGGCAGGAUUAUCAGGCUCUGUAGAGAGAGGGAAAAAGAACUGACUGAUGGGGAGAAGGUGAAGCCGAGGGGAGCCAGGCAGUCCUGGGAUUGCCAGAGUUUGAGAGCAUGACACAGGGGUCUUUGGGAUGAGAGAGAGAGAGAGAGAGAGAGAGAGAGAGAGAGAGAGACUGCUGUU